AUGCAGAAAAUUGUCGCAGUGUCAGUCAAGCUCCCCCAGACCCUUAGACCUCCAGAUGCAAGGAGGCUGACUCUGCAUACAAGGAGGCUGAAGAUGGGCUCUCUUCGCUGGGCUCGGAGCUCUCGGCAGCCCUGGAGUAGUGCUGGGUCUCUGUGGGGCUUGGCCCUAUCAAGGCUACACCUAGACUGGACAACAAGGUUGUUUCAGGAGGAUGAAGAGAUGCUGAUUCUGACCCACAGCGAUGAGUUGAACAGAACCUAUGGUGAGGACAACAUUACAAACAAAAAUAACAGAAGCUCGGAUAACACCAAAAGAAACAGAACAUCCAUAUUUGGAAGGAACAGCCUGUCUCCGACUGAGCAAGAUAAUCCCAGUAUCCCAGGAUGCACCAGCACAUUGUUGCAGGAGAGUCCAGCUUUUAAAGAAACCAGAGCUACUGUAAUCUCUACUGGACCCAGAACCAUCACCAUAACUUCAGCGGUUUCUGCUGCAGACUCCGUUUGGUUCAAAAACAACAAGAGUUAUGGCAAAAGAAGAAGAUCCUCUGAGAUGCGUGCUGACAAAACAGGAAGCAACGUUGAGAAGAACCCGAGUUUCAACCAGAACCAGAGUAAGAAAAGAGGAUCCUACAGGCUGUUCAGAGGGAAUAUGCAAAAACAGAGACUUUCUGAAGAUGCAGAGAAGAAAAAGGAAGGAGAGGAAACCGUGGAGGGAACUUCUCCGUUCUGUGCCAGCCUUGAAGAAGAGAAAGCAAGGAUGAGUUUGGCUAAUCCAGUUCAGAGCCCCAGAACCGGCACCCCUGGUCUUAAGCCUACUCUCACCAUCACCGCCUGGGAGGCUGGCUGGAAUGUCACAAAUGCUAUACAGGGUAUCUUUGUGUUGGGUUUACCCUUUGCUCUGGUCCAGUCAGGUUAUGUGGGUCUAGUUCUGCUGGUUCUGUCAGCCUGGGUGUGUAACCAUACAGGCCGCAUCCUGGUGGCCUGUCUAUAUGAAGAGGAACAAAGUGGAGGCUCGGUGUCAAAGGUCCGAGUCCGACACAGCUACCAGGACGUAGUGGAGGCCUGCUGCAAAGGACUGUGGCCCAACUGGCCUGGAUUGGGAGGGUGGAUGGUGAAUGUAUCUCAGGUCAUUGAACUGUUAAUGACGUGCACCCUGUAUCUGGUCGUCUCCACCGGUCUGCUGUCUGACAGUCUAUCAGGGAUGGCUGUUCCUCGAUCGGUGUGUUCUCUGGUGUCUCUGAUGUUCCUGCUGCCCUGCCUGCUGCUGACUGAUCUCAGACCAGUCUCCACCCUCAGCCUGCUGUGCUCCUUGACUCACAUACUGAUCAGCCUGCUGGUCAUGCUGUACUGUCUGAGUCGAGCCAGCAGCUGGUCCUGGUCCACUUUGUCUCUGUCUGUGGACCCGGAGAACUUCCUCGUCUCCGUGGGCGUCAUCAUCUUCUCCUACACCUCGCAGAUCUUCCUCCCUCCUCUAGAGGGCAGUAUGGAGGACAGAGGGCAGUUCAAUGCCAUGCUGGGGUGGACCCAUGGUGCUGCUUGCAUCAUGAAAACUCUGUUUUCUUUACUGGCCGUAUUAACAUGGGGCGCAGAGACCAGCGAGGUCAUCACAGACAACCUGCCCUCUGACCUCCGACCUCUCGUCAACCUGUGUCUGCUGGCUAAAGCCCUGCUGUCCUACCCUCUGCCAUUCUACUCUGCUGCUGAAAUACUACAAACUUGUCUGCUUGGAGGUGAACAAUACUGA